CCAGGGCCCCGCGGGCCGAGCACCCUAAGCGCCGGGGUUGCACAAUGCGCCGCACCGCCCCGGCCCGUUGCCCCGGGCAACCGCGGGACGCCGGGCGGCGCGGCGGGGGGCGGGGGCGCGGCUUGCGCCACCGGGUCGGUCCCGGGGGCGCGAGCAGACGCGAGGAGGGGCGAGCUGCCGGAGACCGGAAUGGAGCCCGGCGAAAGGAGGAGGCUCUCACCCGCCUCCCUGGAAGGAGACCUGAGAGAAGAAAAUAAAUUAAAACGAGGGAUUUCCCAAGACUUGACAUCUUCCCCCAAAUCAGACAGAUACAAAAUAGCAAGACAAUUAACAGAAAAGGCCAUCAAGGAAAAGAAGAUUUUCUCCAUCUACGGGCACUACCCAGUGAUACGGGCCGCCCUCCGAAGAAAGGGCUGGGUGGAGAAGAAGUUCCACUUUCUGCCCAAGGUCCUCCUGAAUGUGGACGAUGACGGUGUGGGGGUGACAGAACAGAAACGUGCGGAAGGCAGAGAACACCAAGAAGCGGCUCCGGAGAAGACAGAUGACAUCCACGAUGUGAUGUCCAGGUUGGUCAAAAACGAAAUGCCGUACUUCCUCUGGACCAUCAAAAGGGAUGUCGUUGACUAUCACAGCUUGAACUGUGACCAGAUGCUGAAUCACUAUGGGAAGACGGCUUCCUUCACCACCAAGAUCGGGCUGUGUGUGAACAUGCGGAACCUACCGUGGUACGUCCAGGCCGACCCUGACUCCUUCUUCCCACGUUGCUACGGCCUCUGCACUGAGAACGAGAAGCAAGAAUUCCUGGACGACUUCCGGCGGACGGUGGCCUCCAGCAUCCUCAAGUGGGUGGUCAGGCACCACAAGUGCGGCAGCAGCGGGGAGGCCGGCGACCGCGGCCCCGGCAGCAAGAAAGUUCCCGAGAAUGCGGAAUCCAAGCCCAUGGGCCUCUCGGGGGAGCUCGUGGACACCGCAUGCAAGGUGUGCCAGGCCUACCUGGGUCAGCUGGAGCACGAGGACAUCGACAUCUUCAAGGACGCCGCCCAGGACCUCACGGAGGACGAGUGGAAGGACCUGACGCGGCAAUACUACUCCCUCGUUGACGGUGAUGCUUUCAUCUCCAAUUCGAGAAAUCACUUUUCGCAGUGCCAGGCCCUGCUGAACAAAAUCACGUCUGUGAACCCUCAGACGGAGAUCGACGGGCUUCGGAACAUCUGGAUCAUCAAGCCCGCAGCCAAGUCCCGCGGCCGAGACAUAGUGUGCAUGAACCGAGUGGAAGACAUCUUGCAGCUGGUGACCGCAGACCACCCGUCCGCCAAGGACAACAAGUGGGUGGUGCAGAAGUACAUCGAGACGCCGCUGCUCAUCUACGACACCAAGUUUGACAUCAGGCAGUGGUUCCUGGUCACCGACUGGAACCCCCUGACCAUCUGGUUCUACAAGGAAAGCUACCUGCGGUUUUCAACACAGCGCUUCUCCCUGGACAACCUGGACAGCGCCAUCCACCUGUGCAACAACUCCAUCCAGAAGCACGUGAAGAACGACGAGGAACGCAGCCCCCUGCUGCCCUACCACAACAUGUGGACCAGCACCAGGUUCCGGGAGUACCUGCAGAAGAGGGGCCGCGGGGCCGUGUGGGCCAGCGUCAUCUACCCGGCCAUGAAGCGGGCCGUCGCCAACACCAUGAGGGGGGUGCAGGACCGCGUGGAGCCACGCAAGAACAGCUUCGAGCUGUACGGGGCCGACUUCAUCCUGGGCCGUGACUUCCAGCCCUGGCUGAUCGAGAUCAACUCCAGCCCCAGCAUGCACGCGUCCACGCCCGUCACGGCACAGCUGUGUGCCCAGGUGCAGGAGGACACCAUCAAGGUGGUGGUGGGUCGCAAGGUUGACCGCAACUGCGACGUCGGCAACUUUGAGUUGCUGUGGAGACAGCCUGCGGUGGAGCCUCCGCCCUUCCACGGGUCCGACCUGUGCGUGGAAGGCGUUGGUGUGCGCAGAGCCAGGAAGCGGAUGCCGCCCAUUUCCGGCGCUGACUGUCCAUCCGCGCUCCUGGACCCUCGGCCGCUGAAGGUGCGGUCCCCCUCGGCCGUGCCAGGCCUGGCUCCGGGCCGCCCCCCGACGGCUGUGCGCGGGGACUUGAGGCCGGACGACGCACAGGCGCCCGCUUGCACCCUGCCCGCGCCCCUCAAGAGGCCGGCCGAGAGACGCUGCGAGGCGCAGUCCGCCAGGAAGUCAGCGGUCCCCACUCGUGACUUUCAGCUCGCAGACGGUCAGGCCCCGAAAAUCCGCCUUCCCAAAGCCGAGUCCGACAGACGCUCGGGGGCCGACACGGUAAGCGCGCGGGCACGGCCGGCCGUGCUCCCGAGCGUGAAGACACCGGAGGGCGCCCUGUUUCAGCCGCUCACGCCACCAGAUGGCGACCGAAACCCAGGUUGCUGCCCCCAAGCACUCCUGCCGGUGCCGCAAGCGGAUCAAGGGGAUCUUCUGCCUCCUGAGUCACCGCAGCCGAGCCUCACGCUUUGCCGCCACCUUGCACAGGUGUCCCUUCCGGGGCAGGACACGUCCCCACCGCCCACCGGCUGUCCCCAGGCCAGCACCACCUGUCCGGGGCUUCUCUCCGUUCCGGGCACCGCAGAGUGAGCCAGGAGUCCGCGGUGAGCAUCCCACGCGGCCAAGGGCUCCGGCUGGCGGGACAGAAGCCAGCGUGUCCCUGCCACGGGGCGGCAGAUCGGCUGCGCCGGGAGGGCUCCGUGCAGGCUAGCCCCGGGCUUCCGGGCCACCAGCCGGGCCACCGGCCAGCUCCACGAGACCCCUCGUCCUCCCGGCAGGUCUGUGUUCCCAGCCAGCUGGCCAACCGAGCGGUGUGCCUGGAGCCUUCGCUGCACCGCGACCCUGGGCCACGGCAGGUCCCCAGCAGGCGGGAAGCACGUUGUGUUCAGGAGCUAUUCUUGGUCCCCUGCAUUUCCGCAGAGAUCUCAGAAUCAGCCUGUCGACUCCGAAGGAAGGAAGGAGGGAAGGAGGGAAAGAGGGAAGGGGAGAGAAGUUGCUGGGGUUCUGUCUGGGAUCACCUUGAAUCUGCAGGUCACUCUGGGGAGAACUGAUGCCUUUCUCAUAUUGCGUCUUUCAGACCGCGAUCACGAUCUGCUCCUUUUAACUGAGGCUUCUCCUCUCGGCUGUGUUCUGUGUGCUGGCGGUAGGGGUCUGGCACGUACUUCGCCGGGGUUCUUUCCCCAGGCGUCGGUGGCCUUAAUGCCGUAGCAAACGGGACCUCUUUUUACACCACGUUCUCGAGGCACGGCAUGCACACGGUGAGAGCAGGUCUUGCACAGACACCUGCAUCACCCCCGCCCGGGUGAGGGGUCCCCGCUGCGGGAAGCCCCUGCGCCCCGUUCUGUACUCCGGCCGUCGGCGACAACCGCUACCCGCUGGUCAGCACGGAUGGCUUCCCACCGCGCGCUCACACCGCCUGUCGCACCCGGCCUGUCGUGCGUCUGCCACGCGGCGGUGCGCUCGCUGUCCCCGCAGAGGUCCGGGGGUCCGCCCGCCGCGCCUGCGACGGCCGGGGGCCUGCGUCCCGUUCGGCGCGGCCGUGAGGGCGCCGGUCUGUGUGGACGCCAGAGGCCGGUCCUCCUGCUUUGCCGGCCACCGCGAGGCUCACCCUUGGCUUUGGAAGAAACCGCCCGUUUUCCGCCGUGGGCCCGACCUUCCGGGCUCCCUCCCGCGUCUGUGAGUUCUGGCUGUCGCGCAUCCUCGCCCACCUCGGUAUCGUGACGCUUAGGUGUGCGGCCGCUCUGGUAGGCGUGCUUUGAUUUGUGUUCCCCUGGCGACAAAUCACGCUGGACACGUCGCCCUGUGUUUGCCGGCUCUGCAGGCGUCCUUGUGAAGCGCCCGUGGCUGCCGUCUGCCCACUUUUAAAUUAGGUCGUUUGUCUCAUUAUUUACUUGGCGCUUUUCACAUAGGCUGCCGGGUCUGUGUAUUGAGAAUCGUUUCUCCGAGUCAGUGGCCUGCCCUUCGCUUCCUUGGUGACGCCGUUCGAAGGCUAGAAGUGUUUCGCGGAGCCUAAUUUGUCAGCUUUUCCCUUUGUGACAGGGCCCUUGGCAUCUCGUCUGAAAUGGCUUCGCCCACGCCCAAGUCGUAGAGAUGCUCUCCAGUGGCUCCUUCUGGAAGCCCCGUGGCUCUGACCUUCACAGUUUGAUCUGUCAUCCAUCCUGAGUUAAUUUUCGCGCAGGGCGGGAAGGCGCCAAGGUCCAUGUGGUUUUCGUAGCGACGGCCAGCGGACCCGGCGCCGUUCCCGAAAGGGCUGGCUUCUCCGCCCUGAACUGCUUGGCGCCUCGUCAGAAACGGACUCUCCGGAACGAGUUCUGGCUGCUCUGUGCUGUGCCCUGUUUCAGCUUACCUUUCCUUGUACCAACACCACGCUUCAUCACUGUCUCCACUAGUUUGGAAAACUGUUCUGGAACGCGAGAGGGCACGUUCUCCCGCACGAUUUCCUCCUCGAUGCUGCCCUGGCUGUUCUGCGUCUGGGUUUUUCUGGUUUGUUUGUUUUUUUUUUUCCUCCACAAAAAUCUUUAUUUUAACAUUUAAAAGAAAGCUAUUCUCUGUCUUUUGAAUUUUCCUAUAAAUUUGGCCACCCGCUUGCACAUCGCUCCAAGAAAGACCUGGUGGGCUUUUGACUGCGAUUCCAUCAAAUCUGCAGGUCACUUCGGUACGGAGACGUCCAGCGUGAGGUGUGACGCGUCCCAGGCCACCUACAUGCUCCUUGGGUUUCCUCUGCGAUGUCUUAGUGCAGAGUUUUUUUCUUUUUUAAUUUUUUUUAAUGUUUAUUUAUUUUUGAGACAGAGAGAGACAGAGCAUGAACGGGGGAGGGGCAGAGAGAGAGGGAGAC